CAGUGGCUUCAAACGCCACCAUCAACCGGCCGUACUAGGGCCGUUCUACGUUCACCUCUCCCUUCUUAGGAAACCUGGGACUCCCUUCUAUUUUGUUUUGUUGUUGCCACUUGUCGGUGGUGUGGCGGUGACUAUAGUCGACUUGUUCUAUUGCAUUAUCGCUGACCUGGCUGCUGGCUACUCUUGUGAGUUCUAGACGAAGACAGUACGACGGGAAUAGCUGCAAGUCAGAGAGAAAGGAAUCGCAGAGCAGUUUUGGGGUUCUUUUGUAGAUCUCACUCACCUGUUGCCCCAGUCACCAACUUGCCACUCGAUCCCGCGGUACUGACCAAAAGGGGCUCUCACAAGUCAUCGGUCAGCCGUCCCGACCCGGCAGGACAAAUCUUUAUACCACCCAGGCUACACCUUUUCCAUCGACCUAUACACUCGACUCUGUUGGAUUUGCCCCCGCACUACUGCUGCAUACCCUUCAUUAGUGUAAGCAGGUCCGCAUUGGUGGUGCCGUGUUUCUUGGUUUGCUGCAGCCGCCGAGGCGCGAUCAACCCGAUCCAGUUGGUUUCGGCCAAUUCUAUUCAUUGAAGAAAAACAAAUUCUACUCUUUGCUGUAUCCUGUAAGAAAAAAACAAACACAGCAGCUGUGUGCGUGUGUGUGCAGUGAAGUCUAGGAAAAAAAAAUAAGGAAAAAUGGCGUUCACCUUCUCUUUCACGCCGGCCGUUAUCAUGGUUUUAGGACUGGCGUUGAUGGUCUCGUGCCAAGAGGUGAAACUCGGCGCCGAAGAGGUGAAACCUGAUGGAGUCGAGGAAGCUUCAAACUUGGUCAACGGAGUCGAGGGAUCCACUCGGCCGCCGUUGACGGGCAUCCCGCAAAUUGAUUACAUCUGGGACCCUAAUCUCCCGCCCGCACUUAAUGGCUACAAUCUGAGCUCCUAUCCUUUCUACUAUAAAAUGCCCGGCCGUGAUGAAAUGAAUUUCGAAUGCGAGAACCGUCUCGACGGCUUUUACGCCAGCGUCCUUCACAAAUGCCAGGUUUAUCAUCAAUGUUUGUUUGGCACACGCUACGAUUUUAUGUGCGCAAAUUUCACGGCUUUCGAUCAAAAGAUUUUCAAUUGCCAGUUCGCCAACGAAGUCGAUUGUGAUAAUUCCCCCUUGUUCUACGACAGGAACGAGGCUUUAUACAAAGAGGCAUCCACAACACCGGCACCGACGCCGGCGCCUCAGGUCGUUGUGGUACGAACCCGUUUCGUGGAUGAGUCAGGGCGCGAGGUAGCACCACCUCGCUCGCAAGGUGGGCGAUUCCGCCGUCCGCAAGGCAAACGCCGUCCCGUCUACUAUGACGACUAUUACGAUUACGAUUACCAAGAAUACUACGACGCUCCGGCCAACGAAGAAGAAGAUCCGGCGUCGGCAGGAAACGGAACUACCACCGCCAAUAAACCGGCCAAACCCCAACAAGAGGAGGGAGCAGCUCCGCCUGCCAGACCGGUCAAAGUGGGUGGCGGUGGCGGUAGACAACAACAACAACAGCAACAACAGAAUAAACCGGGUUCCGGACAAGGAAACAAGCUCAACAUUUUCAACAACAACCGACCUCCACCCAGAAUCCGUCCUCCCGUCCCCAAUAGCGAAGGCAACAAAAAACAACCCGUGAAAACUACAACCCCGACGACAACAACCGCUCUGCCGGCCGAGGAGGAAUUCGAGUACGUCGACUAUGUCGAUGGCGAAGUACCAUUGGGCGAGGAAGUUGUUGCCACCACAACAACCACCACAACAACCCCACCACCACCACCCAGGAGACGUUUCCGACGACCCAAAAUGUCGACUACAUCGACGACGACGACAUCUACCCCACUCGUGGAGGAAGAGUUUUUCGACGACGCCGUGUUUGAGGAGGAAGUUGUUGAACCGGUGACGACAGCCGCACCUCGUCCCAGAAGACCAAACGCAGCCCUAAGAGCCACUGGCACAAGACCCGCACGAUCCAGCACCACCACAAGCACCACUUCAACGACGACCUCCACAGUGGUGCCUGUUGCUGAGGAAGAACCCAUUGAAUUGCCUUCCAGACCCAGUCCUUCCCUUUUCAAUCGCAGGACGGCCGUCGUCAACAUCCUGAAGAGGCGAGGAGGAUCCACGACCACUGCGCCACCGCAGGAAAUUUUUAACGAAUACGAUGAAUUGGUAGAAGAGGACCUUGCUGUCGAUCAAGCUCCAGCCGUUGUUGAGACUACAACAGCGAAAGCAACGACCACAACAACAACAACACCAGCUCCAACCAGACGUACCACCAAAGCGAGACCUCCAAGGCCCGCAAUUUCGUCUCGAACCCGAUCCACCACGGAAGCCCCUGCCGUCGAAGAAGAAGUUCCAGUGACUCCAGCUCCAUCCGUUGACGCGGUCGAACCUGCCGCCCCUGUGUCGGAGGAAGCUCCAACUGCCCGACCGGCUGUUCGAUCACGAUUGCGUUCCAGGCCGCAAACCACCCCGGCUGCGGAAGAGGAAAGUGUCUCUACGGCCGCACCAGUUGUCAGGAGAGGCUCUCAAAGACGAGGCCCUCAACCAGUUUCCGAAGUUGAACUAGACGCCCAAACGGAUGCCAUUGUACCGGAAGAAAACAGCCGGCAAGGAAGAGAGUUGGCUCAAGUGCCUGAAACUUCCCGAAUCAUGCUGGAAGAGUCAACGAAUUUCGAUGAAGAUCAUGGCGAGAGCCAGUGGUCCCUAAUUCAUUUAUUUUCGCGUGUGUUCCCACAGCGCGCGUGAUUUGAUUUUGAAUGUGCCCCUCCCCAAAUUGAACCCAUGAUUCGCCACGAACGAUAAAAGUAACGUAAAGUAAAACCAACAAACAAUUGAACAAGUGUGAGAUCCUUUUGGGGAUUGAAAGAAAAAAAAAACUGAAAAAAAAAAAAACGAAAAAUUAAAAAUUUUGUUCAAAAAUCGGGGAAUCACGUGCCUCAUCUCCCUCACGUGAACGCCACAUUGAAAACACACGCAUGAACACGAACACGAAAGCGCAAAUGUUUAAAUAAUGCAACAAUACACUUAAAUAUAAUUAUAAA